UGUAGUGCCCCAUUCACAAAUCCUACGACCGCCCGGACAUGCUUGCACACAUUCUGUCAUGACUGUAUAAUAGUAGCCGUACAACACUCUCCACAAUGUCCCAUCGACCGCUCCUCGCUUUCACUUGACGAUCUAUCUCCAGCGAAUCCAAUCGUGAAACAUCUCGUGGAUGAACUCAUCAUCGAAUGCCCCAACCGAGUAUCCGGAUGCACGCAGACGUUCCAAAGACAAUUACUAUCUGCUCACGUCAAGGACGCCUGCCAAUACGUUGAGAUCCCGUGUUCGGAAGAGCAAUGUGACAAGUUCAUCCUUCGGAAAGAUGUUGGUAAGCAUCAAGAUGCUUGCGUGUACCGCUCGACGCAGUGCGACGGGUGUGGUGCGACUAUCAAGUACAGCGAUCUCAGUACUCACAACUCGGAGUGUUCCUCCAAGUCUGCAACGUGUAGUUUCUGCUUCGAAGAGUUCCCGAGGUCACAGUCACAAGCGCAUGCUGCUAUCUGUCUCGACUAUGAAAUUUUGUGCACGCAGGCUAACAAUGGCUGUUCCUGGACUGGUUCCCGGCGUCAGCUUUCUGACAAACACGUUCUCUCCUGCCCAUACGAAGCUAUCAAAGGAUUCUUCUCCAUCAAUAACGCUCAACUAUCAUCACUAAACACAGAAAAUGCCGCUCUCAGACAAAAAGUCUACACACUCGAAUCCGUUGUACAGACAAUGCGAAGAGACAUCCAAACCUUCCGAAACGUCCUCGGUCCAUGGUACCGGUUACACACCCAAACCCCACAAAUCGCUUCCCCAUCCAUCAACGCCUUCGAUCAACUCUUCUCGGCAUCACCCGGUCCUUCUCCUUCCUCCAGAACCACUAUCAAUCAAACUCAACCGUCUUCCCCCGCAGAUCACGGAGAACUGACGCCCCAUAACGAAAUCGACGCACUCGCACCCUACUUCCCACUCCCACACGAGCACGCAUUCCAAGAAUCCCAUACUUAUCCCCGAUCACGUCGAUCGUUCAGCGGGAUCGUAGAUCCACACUUGUCUCAACGCACGCUGCCGUUAACGCCCGUUGCGCCUCUUAAUCUCAGUACCUCCCUCGAGGGCUCGCUAAGUGGGUUACGCGACUCCAUAGCCGCAGUAUCCACAUCCGUCGAUUCCCUAGCGCGUCGAAACGAGAUAGCGCUUACGAACGAGAGCAUGCGUCUGAAUGAAGAACUCGGCUCUCUCAAAUACGCCGUUCACGGCAUACGUCUGCAAGUACGUUACGCUUGCAAUCUUGUUAUCUUAUUGGUUCCUUCUAUCUCUAUUUCAAUCUGCGUCACGUGGCAUUGCUCUGAUGAUUCUUUGGGCACAGCUUCACCGUUUGAUGAUGGACAGGAAUGCACAGGUGACAGGGAGAGGUGGCGAACUGCCUCUAGGCCUACCCGGCAAUCAGACUAUUUUCCACCCUCCGAUAUCGAUGAUGGCACCUACGUUCCCUGGAACGCCUGGUACAAAGCUCUGACCAAGUCCUGCAGUUUAUGGUCGUUUAAUCUCUUGUUAUCUCACUGUGAUGGAUUAUUAUUUUCUAUAUCUACGAGCUUUGUCCGAUAA